AUGAAUGAAGAAACCUAUAUAUCAGCUGAGGUGCAGGGUGCUUGCAGUGCCCUUGGGUUUUUUGAUGGGAAAGAUUAUCAUCCUGAACCAGACUGCCUGGAAACUGUGAAAGAUCUUAUUCGUUUGCUGCGAAGAGAUACAGCCAAUCAUGACAUCAGGAGACAAUUAGGAGCAGCUGGGAUCCUUCAAUCUGACAUCAUUCACAUUCUUAUUCAUUCAUAUAAGAAGAAGAUGGAGUUGUUUGAUGUCACCCUAAGGUUAAUGGUGAACCUGACAAACCCAUCUUUACUCUUGUAUAAUGAAGAGCUACCAGAAGACAAAGCAGGACGUAACUACUUCCUGCAAAUUGUUUCUCACUUGCAAAGAUGCAAAGAAGCAUUCACCAAUGAGCGACCAUGGAAAGUGCUCGUUGAUGCUCUUGGAGAUCUUCUGAACAAGAGCUGGGAAGACAGGAUGGAGGAUGAUCGAGUCAUGCUGGAGAGGAUACUGGUCUUGACACGGAAUAUUCUCCAUGUUCCUGCUGAUCCUCAGGCUGAGAGUAGAGCAGAGGGGGAUGCCUCUAUCCAUGAUCAGGUGUUGUGGGCAAUACAUCAGUCUGGAAUGGAGGAUAUUAUGCUGUAUAUUGCAUCAACUGAUUCAGAGAAAGAUUACUACCUGCAUGUACUUGAGAUACUUUCACUCAUGCUCAGGGACCAGGAUCCUCGAGAGUUAGCUGGGUCAGGAAGAGCUCGAACCCAAUCUGAAAAGGAGAAAGAUGCUCGGGAGCUUGCAGAGGCAUUGUCCAGAGAGAAGAAACUCUCUGCUUCUAAGAAUCCAAUCUCUCACAGGCACUCUCGAUUUGGUGGAACGUAUUGUGUGAAGAAUGUAAAGAGCAUCUCAGAGAAUGAUAUUAUCUGCCACAACCCUGUGACCAGCUUAACAGGCCUCUCCUUCGACUACCGCAAGGUCGCAUUUUUUGUCUUUUCUUCAAGGAGCUCUCUGUGUCAUUGUAUCUCUGUUCUCUGCUUAGACCACAUCUGCUAUACUCCUGAACAGACUCGACGGAGAGUACCAAAGAAUCGUAGGAUGGCUGAAGACGGGGUGAAGGCAGAGAAAAAUCAGUCUGCUCUCUCUGUUCGACUCAUUCUUAGAGAACUUGCUUUGGAAUUCCUGAAUGGCGAAUCAGUAAUUUCCUUGAUUUAUUAUGCCAGUGAGACAAUGGGGAUGUCCUUGUUCCAUUGGGUACAGACACAAAUGGAAAAAUACCUAGAAAUGAUGAGAGCGGACAAGAAGAAGCUGCGACUCUGGUCUAAACGUCUUCAUCUGGGAUUGAAAGCCUAUCAGGCACUUAUUUCAAGUGUGGGAGAAAUGCUAAAACUAGGAGGAGAAGAUGGGGUUCUUGGUUCAGGCCAGACCCUCCUAGGAAAAUUAUUCUAUAUCCCUGAAUAUAGAGAAUUCCCUGUGCAUCUCCUCAAUACCUACACCCCUGUCAAAAUGUCCAAGGCAUACUUGAAAGAUUUGGUGGAGUUGACCCAGAUACAUCUGAAACUAGUGGAAGAGUUCUCAAAGAGCACCUCUCACCUUAUGGUGAAGAAGAAAAAUCAGAGGAGGAAGAGAAAGAAACAGCCAAAGAAGGAUAACAACUCAAAUACAAAUGGACAAACUAAACUCCAUCAAGAAGAGGAUUUGGAGGGUCUAUGGCACGAAUUGAAGAGGUUGAUUGAAGGUGAAGGAGAGAUUGCUGAUGAUGAACCUGUAGUUCCCUUUGAUCCUUUGAUGGGUACUGAUGAGAUGGAAGGGAAAGCAGAGGCUGUUCGACGUAUUCAGGCUGCCUUGAAGGCCAAGAAACCAAGUCGUGCUCGAGCUCUUCUUCGGGCUGCUAGGGAAGUAUGGGGAGAUGAAACAUUUGGUGAAGAUGGCAGUACUCCUGAGGAUGAGGAGAAUCUCCUGCAUGAGAUUCUUCUUGUUCAACUUCCCAGAUCGGGUGUUAGGCUUACUCUUGCUUGGAGCUUGAUGAAACAAAAGAGAGUGGGAUUUAAGUUCCUCAAGCUAGGAUUGUUUGACAGCUCUUCUUGCAGUUUAUCAUCCAUUGAGUGGAAAUGUAUUGUUGAAGUGUUAGUGCAGUUUCAAGUGGAACAUCUGGAAUGGAAUUGA